AGUCAGGGCAACACCACCUAUCCGACGUCGUUUCUGGUGAUAUACACUCGUCCCGCUCGACGGCGUAUCUGCCUCCGCCGGUGAAAGUAAAAGGGCAAAGAAAGACUGAAAGAGCAGAGUCGGGCUCUUUCUUUUUUCUUUUUUUUUUCCUUUAUUGGGUUAUUAUUAUAAAGAGUAACUUCUUACUGCGCACCAUUGUUUAUUUUAGAGAGAGAGAUGGAGACUGGUCUUCCCUUUCUCUCUCUACCACCCUCCAUUACUCCUUCUACUGACUAUUCUGCAUUUCAGUAAGUUUUCGCCCCUUCUCUCCACCUAAAACCCAAUAUUCUUGACUUUUUUAAAAAUCCCUUUUCUCUCUCUCUCCUCCGUCGACUGAACCAAACUGAAAGAAAAAAAAUUAGGAGAGAGAAGAAACAAAAAGAAUAGAGUUCUGAAGAAAGAAUCAAACCGGAACUUCUUCUGAUCCACUUUUAUUCAUCAUUCAUAAAGGUAUGCUGCCCCAGAAAGUUUAUUUUUUCCCUUUUCUUUUUUUUCCUUGUUUGUAGCUUUCUUGUAUCUCCGGGCAAUACAUAGCAAAUUCGUAGCACCAAGAAUCUUUGAAUUCUCUGAGUUACAAACGUCUGUUGUGUGUAAAUGUAUGCAUGAAUGUGAGGGGGGUUCUUUGUGAAGUUCAAUGAAGUUGCGGCAGAAAUGGUGGAUCGGUGGAGCAGGAUAGUUUUUAUUUGUUCAGCUUUGUUUUUCUUACUGUUUGGUUGUACAGUAGAGCAGCAAUUCUUGGUCUCAAGGCAAGAAAGAUUGGGUUUGCUUCAGUUAAGAUCUUCGUUAGGGUUGAGGGCUAAAGAGUGGCCUAUAAAAUCCGACCCGUGCACUUCAUGGGCUGGUAUCCAGUGUACCAAUGGCAGGGUUACAGGAAUCAACGUUUCGGGGUUCAGGAGAACAAGGAGGGGAAGUCAAAACCCUCAAUUUUCGGUGGAUGGCCUCCAGAAUUUGACCUUCUUGUCCUCAUUCAACGCCUCGAAUUUUGCACUUCCGGGGUCAAUUCCAGAACGGCUAGGAUUGCAGCUUGCCUCACUUCAAGUGCUUGACCUUAGGUCUUGUUCGAUUAGUGGUGCUAUUCCAUCCACUCUGGGCAAUUUGAGUAGUUUAGUUGAACUGUAUUUGUCUAACAACAAUCUUACUGGCGAAGUUCCAUCGAGUUUAGCCCAGUUGGUUGGUCUUUCUGUGCUUGAUCUUUCGCAGAAUUCACUCACGGGGUCGAUACCGGGGAGUUUUCGCGUUCUUGGAAACCUUACUUUGCUGGAUAUGUCUUUGAAUUUAUUGUCUGGGGUGAUUCCUCCAGGAAUUGGGGCAUUGUCUAGGUUACGAUCCUUGAAUCUUUCUCGGAACAGUUUGUCCUCUUCGAUACCCGCCCAACUCGGUGAUCUUUCUAGUUUGGUCGACCUUGAUCUUGGAUUUAAUUCACUGUCGGGGUCUGUGCCUCUGAAUUUGAGAGGUUUGAGAAACUUGCAAAGAAUGAUGAUUGGAAAUAAUUUCCUUUCAGGACUGGUGCCUGGUAAUUUGUUUCCUCCUUUGACUCGGUUACAGUUUGUGGUUUUGAGUCACAACGGUUUCACUGGUGAUUUCCCGAAUGUGCUGUGGUCAAUUCCCUCAUUACAAUUUCUCGACGUGUCUGUAAAUAACUUUACUGGUGUGCUGCCCGAUGUCAGUUCAAGUGUUAAUGCUAGUGCUGCAGUAUUUAAUAUUUCCCAGAAUUUGUUUUAUGGAAAUAUUACACCUGUAAUACAGCGGUUCUUUGAGGGUCCAGUUCCCGUUUAUGCACGUGGCAGCACAUCUCUUAGUAAGAAUUGCCUCCGAAAUGUGACUAGUCAGAGGGGCGCGACAGAAUGUGCCUCAUUUUAUGCUGAGAGGAACUUGGUAUUUGAUAAUUUUGGGGAGCCAAAUGCUACACAACCUCCUCUUCCUCCAAAGUCCAACAAGAAGAGCCACAAUACAAUUAUAAUUUUGGCUUCUGUUCUGGGAGGUGUGGGCCUCAUCGCAUUUGUGAUAUUUACCAUUGUACUGCUGAUUGUAUGCAAGCGAAAGAGAGGCGCAACAAACCAAAGAGGUAUUAGUGUGGGCUCCCGGAGUAUCGUUGAACUUUUCCAGCUUGGGAAAUGCAUUUACAUAUCAGCAGAUCCUCCGAGCUGCAGGUGAAUUCAAUGAUGCAAAUCUAAUCAAGCAUGGCCAUUCUGGCGAUCUUUUCCGUGGAAUACUUGAAGGUGGAAUUCCUGUAGUCAUAAAGAAGGUUGAUUUGCAUUCAUCAGUCAAAAAGGAAUCAUAUAUGUCAGAAUUGGAACUCUUUAGCAAGGUUUCCCAUCCUAGAUUGGUCCCUCUCUUAGGGCAUUGCUUGGAUAAUGAGAACGAGAAGUUUCUUGUUUACAAACACAUGCCAAAUGGAGAUCUGUCCAGUUCUUUGUUCAAGAAAACAAAUUCAGAUGACAGUUUACAGUCACUGGAUUGGAUAACUAGACUCAAAAUUGCAAUCGGAGCUGCUGAGAGUCUGACCUACCUACACCAUGAAUGUACUCCACCACUUGUUCACAGGGAUGUUCAAGCCAGCAGCAUACUUCUUGAUGAUAAAUUUGAAGUGAGGUUAGGAAGUCUGAGCGAGGUUUGUGCUCAAGAAGGUGACACCCAUCAAAAUAGGAUUACAAGGUUGUUGCGGUUGCCACAGGCAUCGGACCAAGGUGCUUCAGGUACGCCUAAUGCAACAUGUUCCUAUGACGUAUAUUGCUUCGGAAAGGUUUUGCUUGAGCUUGUAACUGGUAAGCUCGGCAUCAGUUCGUCCAGUGAUGCCACCAUGAAAGAGUGGUUGGAGACAACAUUACCUUACAUCAGUAUAUACGACAAGGAACUCGUCACAAACAUUGUGGACCCAUCAUUAAUUAUAGACGAGGAUCUCCUGGAGGAAGUAUGGGCAAUGGCAAUUGUUGCUAGGUCUUGCCUGAAUCCCAAGCCUACUCGUCGGCCUCUAAUGCGGUACAUUCUCAAAGCUUUGGAAAAUCCUCUUAAGGUGGUGAGGGAAGAGCACACGAGCUCUGCCCGGCUUAGGGCCACAUCGUCUAGAGGGUCGUGGAAUGCUGCUUUGUUUGGCAGCUGGCGGCAAAGUUCUUCAGAUGCCGCGGCGGUGCCAGUUGCCCCAGCUCAUAAAGUUGAAGGAACCAGCAGUUUCAAACAGUCGGGGACAACAGGAUCCCAAGGAAGUGGCCAAGUUGUUGAUGGGAACGGUCAUUCAUCGUCAACCAGACGGCAUUCCAAGGAAAUCUUCCCGGAACCAUUGGACGAGCAGGAUGUAGAGAGAGCGAAUGGGGUUUAGACGGAAAGUGAUUGACUGUUGUUGAUUCAUUGCCAAUAACUCUACAUUUGGAUGUCUUCUUGCUACUCUCCCUUGUACAUUCUCCUCUACCUUGGGGUGUUGAAUAGCAACUCUGCUCCUCCGAAGAGAAGUAGACCUGAAAUUGAAUUUGGUGAACAGUGAGAAAGAGUUAUUUACAGGUUUUAAGAGACCUUUCAUUUGUUCUUUAAGUCAACUGAAGGGGUUAGAUUGGAUUGGAUUAGUGGUGGUUCUUUGUGCUUCUCUGAUUGAAGGCUUGUUUACAAGCUACAAUUUUUUUUUUCCUUGUGUAAUUUACGAUUUUCUAUUGGCCCUCUGUGAAUUGUAAAUUUUCAUAUUGGCGCGGUGUUGCCAUUCGGAAAGAGAAAAGAACAAAGCUAUAUUUUUCUCUA